CGGUGAUGGUGAUGAUGAAGGAGCGAGAGGAAGGAUCGCUGUACGCAGGACGUGGAUGGAGUGGAUCAGCGCGUGAACUGCAUGAGCUCACAACACACGAUGACCCUAUAAACAGCGGCGCCGUCUCAAAUCAUAGCCAGCUGUCUAUGCAGACUGGACAUUUGAGCGUGCUUAACAGAAAGGUUCCGCCUGACGUGUUUCCCGCCGGACGUCUGUGUACGUCGGACCGGUUCAAGAUGUCAGUGGAGCAGGCGAGCGCGAGCCGGACACUCAAUGACACCGAAGACGACAAAUCACAUUUAAUAAAAGGAUGUGCUUUCCUCAGUACUGUAGCUACAGCGGGGAUGAUCGCAGGGUUCGGGUCCACGCUUGCCGUGGCUAAGAAGAAGAGUCCUGAGUGGUUCAGUAAGGUAUUUUCUGCAGGCGUAAUAGGAACUGCUGCGAUCCCAGAAAGUGGUGCGUCUUUAGCCUUGCGAGCGCUGGGAUGGGGUUCACUUUACGCCUGGUGCGGAGUGGGUCUCCUGAGCUUCACCGUUUGGAAGGCCCUGGGCGUCCACAGCCUGAAGGAGUUUCGUCAAAAAAUGCAGUCCGUUUUCCCAGCCGUCCCCAAAAAUGAAGAGGCUCAGGAGAAUUCUGCUCCAUUUGACUGGAAUUCCGUCUUCACGUCGAAAUGAGGAGGCAGGAAACGGACAGCGUUAACUCACUGACUGGGAAAAAUACUUUACAGAUGGUCAGCUUGGUCAAGUGCGAGCCAAAAAUCAGCCACUUUAGAUCCGGCAAAAAGAAAUACGUUUUUGGCCACAGCACUGGAGAAUGGCACUUAUGGUUGUCUGCCUUAAUUUCUUGUGCCAAGACAGUUUGACUCAAGUGUGGGGAGUAUCUUUUUUUUCUGGUAACCAUACAUUUUAGAUAUUUGUGUGGGCCUAGCAAACAUUAUCACUGCCCUUUGGCUGCUGGUGUUUAUACAUUGAAUAUCAAACUAAAGCAGCUAUUGUGUUAAAUUGCCAUCAUGUGAUGACAAGGUCUAAUAAAAGCAUCCUGUAAUACUGUG